AUGGCGCCCGAGGAGAGCGUGGAAGUAGCAGAUUUGCUGCGGAGUUUCGAGCGCCGCUUCCUGGCGGCGCGCGCGUUGUGCUUGUUUCCCUGGCAGAGCCUAGAAGAGAAACUAAGAAGCUCAUCGGAUUCUGAGCUGCUGCUGGAUAUCUUGCAGAAGACGGUGAGACAUCCCGUGUGUGCAAGGCACCCGCCAUCGGUGAAGUACACCCGGUGCUUUCUGUCAGAGCUCAUCAAAAAGCAUGAGGCUGUCCACACGGAGCCUUUAGACGAGCUGUACGAGGCACUGGCAGAGGUCCUGACAGCCAAGGAGUCCACUCGGUGCUACCGGAGCUAUUUGCUGCCUUCAGGAGCCUCGGUCACCCUCGCUGAGAGCACAGCCAUGGUGUCCCAUGGCACCACAGGCCUGGUGACAUGGGAUGCUGCCCUCUACCUUGCAGAGUGGGCCGUGGAGAACCCAGCAGCCUUUGCUCAGAGGACUGUCCUGGAGCUCGGCAGUGGAGCCGGCCUCACAGGCCUGGCCAUCUGCAAGAUGUGCCACCCCCGAGCGUACGUCUUCAGCGACUGCCACAGCCGUGUGCUGCAACAGCUGCGAGGAAACGUGGCUCUCAAUGGCUUCUCAGCAGAGCCAGAUGCUGCUGUGAACCCAGAGAGCCCCCUGGUGACGGUGGCCCAGCUGGACUGGGACGUCGCCACAGUCCCUCAGCUGUCUGCCUUCCAGCCAGACAUUGUCAUCGCAGCAGAUGUGCUGUAUUGCCCGGAAGUGACCCUCUCACUGGUCAGGGUCCUGCAGAAGCUCUCGGCCUGCCGGACAGACCACACUCCUGACAUCUACGUGGCCUUCACCGUGCGCAACCCAGAGACCUACCAGCUGUUCACCACCGAGCUGGGCCAAGCUAGGAUCAGCUGGGAAGUGGUGUCCCCUCACGCCCGGAAGCUGUUCCCUUACGAAGAGCACUCGGAGUUGGGGAUCCUGAAGCUCACGCCGCAGGCUCCCAGCACUUCGCUGCCUUGGGACGGGCUUUCGUGUGGGAAGCUGCCGCCUCCCCUGCACCUGAGAAUUUGAAGAAUGUUGA